AAUCAAACUCACCUCUUGCGAUCCUCGAAACCCGCCGUCAAUGGCCGCCACCUCGUCCUCCAUGGCCGCCUCCAGAGCUCUCUUGAGCCCUCAAUCAGAGCAGCUGCGGUCGAGGCGGCGAACUCGCCGACGACGUCGGCGAUCGACAAAUCGGUCAACGCGAUCCGGUUCCUGGCCGUCGACGCCGUCGAGAAGGCGAACAGCGGCCACCCUGGGCUGCCGAUGGGGUGCGCGCCGCUGGGCCACAUCCUGUUCGAUGAGAUGAUGAGGUAUAACCCUAAGAAUCCGUACUGGUUCAAUCGAGACCGGUUCGUGCUCUCGGCUGGCCACGGAUGCAUGCUUCACUACGCGCUGCUGCAUCUCGCCGGAUACGAUAGCGUCAAGGAGGAGGAUUUGAAGGCUUUCAGGCAGUGGGGCAGCAGGACUCCUGGUCACCCUGAGAACUUUGAAACACCAGGGAUUGAAGUCACCACUGGCCCUCUUGGUCAGGGUAUUGCGAAUGCUGUUGGAUUGGCGCUUGCAGAGAAACACUUAGCUGCGCGAUUCAAUAAGCCCGAUAAUGAAAUCAUCGACCAUUAUACGUAUACUAUACUUGGGGAUGGUUGUCAAAUGGAGGGUGUUUCAAAUGAAGCUUGUUCUCUAGCCGGGCACUGGGGUCUAGGUAAAUUGAUUGCAUUCUAUGAUGACAACCACAUCUCCAUCGACGGAGACACAGAGAUUGCGUUCACCGAAAAUGUGACUGCACGAUUUCAAGCCCUCGGGUGGCAUACUAUCUGGGUUAAGAAUGGGAAUACUGGCUAUGAUGAGAUCCGGGCUGCAAUCAGAGAGGCAAAGGCUGUUAAGGACAGGCCAACCUUAAUCAAGGUAACAACCACCAUUGGUUAUGGAUCACCAAACAAGGCGAAUUCUUACAGCGUGCAUGGGAGUGCUUUGGGUGCUAAAGAAGUUGACGCAACAAGAUUGAACCUUGCAUGGGCUCAUGAACCCUUCCAUGUGCCUGAAGAAGUGAAGAGUCACUGGAGCCGCCAUAUACCGGAGGGCGCUGCGCUCGAGACUCAAUGGAAUGCCAAAUUUGCUGAAUAUGAGAAGAAGUACGAGGAGGAAGCUGCAGAGUUGAAAAGAAUCAUCUCUGGGGAAUUGCCUGCAGGAUGGGAGAAGGCUCUUCCGACCUACACAACCGAAAGCCCAGCUGACGCUACCCGAAAUCUAUCACAACAGUGCCUUAACGCGCUCGCAAAAGUCAUCCCUGGAUUCCUUGGAGGCAGCGCCGACCUUGCAUCAUCUAAUAUGACACUACUCAAAACCUUCGGAAACUUCCAGAAGGACACGCCCGAAGAGAGGAACCUCCGCUUUGGUGUCAGAGAGCACGGCAUGGGCGCUAUCUGCAACGGUAUCGCCCUCCACAGCCCUGGCCUCAUCCCCUACUGUGCCACCUUCUUCGUCUUCACAGACUACAUGAGGGCCGCGAUGAGAAUCUCAGCCCUGAGCGAAGCUGGAGUCGUUUACGUGAUGACCCAUGAUUCCAUCGGGCUCGGUGAAGAUGGGCCCACCCACCAGCCCGUCGAGCACCUCUUCAGCUUCCGUGCAAUGCCUAACAUUUUGAUGCUCAGGCCAGCUGAUGGCACUGAGACUGCUGGGGCUUAUAAAGUCGCGGUUCUUAACAGAAAAAGGCCAUCGGUCCUUGCUCUCUCUCGUCAGAAACUCCCUCAGCUCUCUGGAACUUCAAUCGAAGGAGUAGAAAAGGGAGGAUACGUAAUCUCAGAUAACUCUUCUGACAACAAGCCUGAUCUUAUUCUGAUGGCGACCGGUUCUGAGCUUGAGAUUGCUGCGAAGGCAGCUGAUGAACUGAGGAAAGAGGGAAAAGCAGUUCGAGUUGUUUCAUUUGUUUCCUGGGAGUUGUUUGAGGAGCAAACUGAAGAAUAUAAAUCGAGCGUGCUUCCCGAAAACGUGGAAGCCAGGGUUAGUAUCGAAGCGGGAUCGACGAUGGGAUGGGAGAAAUAUGUAGGGAAGAAGGGCAAAGCUAUUGGGAUUGAUAGAUUUGGGGCAAGUGCUCCUGCCGGAAAAAUUUACAGGGAGUUUGGAUUGACAGUGGAGAAUGUUGUUGCAUCUGCAAAGGCCCUGUAAGUUAGUGAGAUAUACAGAAGGCUUGAGAGAUUUUUUUUUAGAGUUUCUGCAGAUUGAUGAAGAGUAAUAAAGAAUUAUGAGUAUUGGUCUAGUUUUCUUUCAGUUUUUUGUACUUUUUUAUGUUGCAUUUGCUGUUGUCAUUGAGUUAUUAGUAAUGUAUAUUGUUGUCAGUUUGUUGCUCCAGUGGUUAAGCAUUGAAUUGUGAGUCUGUGACCAUCAAGAGGAGGAUUCAGUUCCUCCUCCGUUUCAAUGAACUAGUGUGAACACCGUGCAAAACACGAUAUAUUUUUGCUACA